CAGGGAGGCUGGAGCCUAUACCAGCUGUCUACAGGGUCGCGGGGGUGCUGGAGCCUAUCCCAGCUGUCUACAGAUGGCAGUAGCCCUGUGGCCGCACUCUGGCCGCCGUGAUCGUGAUCGUUUCAGCCCAGCCCAUUUCUAACAUGGCGUCUGUAAACAAAAAAAGGAAAGUUGACCGCGAGGGCCGCCGCUUCCAGGACAAGUGGAAAUUUGAGUAUUUUUUCACUGAAAUACGAAACAACUGUGUCUGCCUAAUUUGCCAAGAGACUGUGGCUGUUUUCAAGGAAUUCAACAUCAAGAGGCACUACCAGACGAAACAUGCUAGCUACGACAAGCUAACUGGGAACGAACGCGGUGAAAAAGUGAAGCAACUGGAAGCUGUUUUAACGGCACAGCAAAGCUUUUUCACAAGAGUCCGUGAGUCAAAUGAAAAUGCCACAAAGGCAAGCUACGAAGUGGCAACGCUGAUUGCAAAGCACUGCAAACCUUUCACUGAGGGUGAAUUUAUUAAAGACUGUGUAAUGAAAAUGGUUGAGAAAAUUUGUCCCGCGAAGAAGCAAGAGUUUGCCAAUAUUUGCCUGGCUCGUAAUACUGUGGUACGGAGAAUUGAAGACGUUUCAUUAGAUAUUAAGAGACAGUUAGAGGCAAAAGGAACUGAGUUUGACUUUUUCUCGUUAGCGUGCGAUGAAAGCACGGAUGCGUCCGACACCGCUCAGUUACUGAUCUUUUUAAGAGGAGUGGACAAUGACAUGAACGUGAGUGAAGAGCUUCUGGACCUCCAGAGUCUGAAGGGCCAAACAAGAGGAACGGAUUUAUUUGUUUCUGUUUGUUCCACCGUAGAUGACAUGAAACUACAGUGGAAUAAAGUCACCGGGAUUAUUACGGACGGCGCACCUGCCAUGGCUGGCGAGCGGAGUGGAUUAUCAAGCCUUGUCUGUAACAAAGUCAGCGAAGAAGGAGGCAGCGCUAUUAAACUCCACUGUAUUAUUCAUCAAGAAGUUCUCUGUGCCAAAUAUAUGAAAUAUGAUAAUGUUAUGAAACCGGUGAUAAAGACUAUUAAUUAUAUUCGCUCCAAAGCGCUGUGCCACCGCCAGUUUCAACAGUUUCUUCUCGACAUCCAGGCUGAAUACGGAGAUGUUUUGUAUCACACCGACGUAAGGUGGCUCAGUCGGGGGUCUGCGCUGCAGCGCUUCUUCUCUCUCAGGGAGGAAAUUGGACAAUUCUUGACUAAAAAGGGACAACCCAUGCCACAAUUAAAUGAUCCUGUUUGGCUGGCUGAUUUGGGAUUUUUAGUUGACAUAACGCAACAUCUGAAUGCGCUGAACACAAGCCUCCAAGGGCAAAAUGCAGUGGUAAGCCAACUGUAUUCACACAUCAAAGCCUUUCGGACCAAGCUGCUACUUUUCCAAAGACACCUGUCACAGGCGCAGCCCAAUACCGCACAUUUCCCGUCGCUGCAGGAAAUUGUGACCAGUUUCCCACAGAUCAAUAUCAGUGCGCAAAUGACAAAGUAUGCAGCAGACAUCUCAUCUCUGGUUGAGGAGUUUCAGCAGCGCUUUCGGGACUUUGCAGCUAUUGAAAAGGAGAUCACGCUUUUUUCCUCUCCUUUCUCCGUGGACCCUGAUGACGCUCCAGACCACCUGCAACUGGAGCUCAUUGAGCUGCAGUGUGACGCCGAGCAUCGCAGUCGGCACCAACAGCUCCCUCUUGUCAACUUCUACCGCCAGCUGGAUGAAGGCAGGUUCCAAGCAAUUCGGACAUUUGCUAAGAAAAUGCUGAGCUUGUUUGGCUCCACAUACAUGUGCGAGAAGACAUUCUCCGUUAUGAACAUUAACAAGAGCCGCAUGAGGACGAGACUGAGUGACUCUCACCUGCGUGACGUCUUGCGCAUCAAAACCACUGCUCUUGAGCCAGACAUGGACUACAUACUGCAGUCAAGAUCCCAGUAUCACCCUUCACAUUAGUGCAGGCAAGACCUUUGUUAAGUCCUCUGAGUUGAAUAAAUUGUUAAAUCUCAGUUAAUUAAUUUUUUUGUGUCAAAAUCACAGUUUGAAUAUGCAGUGAUCAUUGUUUUGUUUUCAGCACUUUUCCUACAGUGAGCAUAUAAUAGUGAAUAAUAUGUAAUGUUUCACAUGAACUUAGAUAUCCUUUAUAGUUUUCUUAAUUUUUUGUGGUUUGUGAUUUCGGUAAAAACCUAAAUGUAAAAAAAAAUGUAAAAGUAAAAGUAUGCCAUUUGUAAUUAAAACAAAUCCCAAAAAGUUAAUUUGUAUUUAAUGUUAAUGGUUCAAAGAAUGUCAGGCUAAAUAGUCGGC